AACGCUUUCUUCACCACGUCAUUCUCCAUUCGACCACCGAUCGCAAAGAUGGUUGUCUACCGCGCUAUGGACGACACGCCGGCAAGCAAGAAGACGUGGACGCGCACCGUCGUGACGUCGCUGACGUUUUGGAUCAUCCUCGGCACGAUCACGGGGAUCCUCAUCGGCCAGUUUGCGCCGGCGUUUGCCAAGGACGCGGCGCCGAUGGCCCAGAUCUUCCUCCGGCCGAUCCAGUUCAUCGUGUUUCCGCUCGUGUUUUCGUCGCUCGUUGUCGGUAUCGCCGGCAACAACGACCUCAAGCAGCUCGGCCGGCUCUCGCUCAAGUCGUUCAUCUACUUUGAGAUCGUGACGACGCUGGCGCUCAUUGUGGGUCUUCUUGCUGUCAACUUGGUCAAGCCCGGUGCGGCCGGCAUCACCAAGAAGGGCAACUACACCGGGUCGGCCUCGUCGACGUUUACGUUUGCACACUGGAUCAACCAUUUGACCCCCAAGACGUGGGGGGAGAUGAUGGGCGGCUCGGGCAGCUCGGAGCUUCUCCAAGUGCUCGUGGCGUCGAUCCUCGUCGGUGUCGCCACCGCGCAGACGCACGGCCACCACAAGCAAGUGCUGCUCGAGCUCGCGACCGCCGUCAUGGAGAUGAUGUUCAAGUUUGUCGACAUUGUCAUCUGGACGGCGCCGCUCGGUGUCUGUUUUGCAGUCGCCAACGCGAUUGGCGCCAACGGUGUCGGUGCGCUCGCAAGUCUCGGCGCGCUCGUCGCGACCGUGUACGGCACGCUCGUGGUGUUUGUCGUCGUAGUCUUUGGCCCGAUCUUCCUCCUCUGCAAGAUCAACCCGAUCGAGUUCCUCAGCGCGAUGCGCGAGCCGCUCGUGAUUGCGUACACGACUGCGACGUCGGAAGCCGCACUGCCCAAGGUUUUCGAGUGCCUCGCCCGGUUCGGGGUCUCGCCGCACAUUUCGGCGUUCGUUGUCCCCUUUGGCUACUCGUUCAACCUCGACGGGUCGACCUUGUACCUCUCGCUCGCGGCGGUGUUUUGCGCCCAAGCCGCGGGUAUUGACAAGAGCCUCGGCGAGCAGAUCACGAUGGUGCUCAUGCUCAUGAUCUCGUCCAAAGGCGUCGCUGGCGUCCGGUCGGCCAGUAUCAUUGUGCUCGCGUCGACGGUCGACCAGUUCAACAUCCCGAGCUGGCCGGUAGCCUUGCUGCUUGGCGCGGAUUGGCUCAUGGACAUGGCCCGCACGUUCACCAACGUCCUUGGCAACUGCCUCGCGUCCGUCGUCAUGGCCAAGCUCGAAGGCGAGUUCCGCAAGGACGGCUGGGAGAAGAACUUGGCGUCCGAGGGCGACGACGAGAGUGAGGCGAGCGCCGCCAAGGACCACGUCAAGGUGCUCGAAGACGGGCUGCACUAAGCCAUUUUGGACCAUGUAUGUCAAAGCUAUAUAACGUGAUGAAUGAUGCCUUUGCUUUACCU